GGAGGAGAGCAGAGCGCGCGCCAGCAGCAGUUUCCAGCUGCGCUCGUGAGCCCGACCGUUAGUGUGUCCUCCCGCCGCUCCGUCGGCUCUCUCCGCGGCUCCCUGCCUCCUCUGCUCCCCGUUCUGCUCGAGGGUUCAUCGGCGUGGAUCCAGCCUGUUUCCCCGCUCCUCUAACCGGACUCAAACUCCCCCCACAGCCCGGUCUCUAAGCUCCGCGUCCCGCUGUCAGCUCCUCUGCUUCUCCGGGUCUCAGAGUUUCCGUUGGUCCGGUUGCCGUCACUUUGGACGGAGUUCUACCUCUUCUGUUGGUUCUUAAAGCCCGGUUCUUUGGGUCUGGUUGGGUUCAGACAUGGCUCGGUGUUCCCUGGUCCCGGUUCUGCUGUCAGUUUUCUGGGUUGGACUCAUGGCCGGAAUCCUGGACGGACCGGACGCACAAGUGAUUGAUGUGUUGGGUCUUCAGGACUCUAAGCAGAGCGUAGCAGCGGUGGAGAAACUGUCGGGUGGUCUGAGCGCGCUCAGUGACAUCUAUGUGGUGUCCACAUAUCGGCUGCCAGCGAAGCUUGGUGGAGUCCUGCUGGGUGUUUACAGCAAACAGGAUAACAGGAAAUACCUGGAGAUUGCCAUCAUGGGAAAAAUAAACAAAGUGUUGGUGCGGUACGUGCGUGCUGAUGGGAAGCUGCACACAGUGAACCUGCAGAACGCCGCGCUGGCAGAUGGUCGGACUCACUCCAUCAUUCUGAGACUUGGCGGUCUCCAGCGUGACCACAUGAACAUGGAGCUCUACCUCAACUGUCGAUUAGCUGAUUCCACCCAGGGCCUGCCGCCAUUAGUCCCUCUGCCCCGAGAGGCAGAGAUGGUGGAGAUCAGACACGGGCAGAAGGCCUACGCCCGCCUGCAGGGUGCGGUGGAGUCCCUCAGACUGGCUCUAGGGGGCAGCGUUGCUAAAGCAGGAGCUCUGACAGACUGUCCGUUCCAGGGAGACUCGUCUUCUUAUAACUCAGUGAGCGGGGAGGUGAACUCCAUCCUCGGUGAUCACACAAAGGCUCUGAUUGGUCAGCUCAUCAUUUUCAACCAGAUCCUGGGAGAGCUGAGGCAGGACAUCAGGGAACAGGUGAAGGAGAUGUCUCUGAUCCGAAACACCAUCCUGGAGUGUCAGGUUUGUGGUUUCCACGAGCCCCGCUCUCGCUGUUCUCCUAACCCCUGCUUUAAGGGCGUGGCCUGUAUGGAGAGCCUGCAGUACCCUGGAUACACCUGUGGACCCUGCCCACCUGGAACCAGCGGCAACGGGACGCACUGCCACGACAUCGACGAGUGUGAGCUGCAGCCCUGUUUCUCUCCUGACGCCUGUGUGAACACCAUAGGAGGGUUCACUUGUAAACCGUGUCCUCCUGGGCUAUGGGGGGCGCCACUCGCUGGAACGGGGCUGGACUACGCCAAGUCACACAGACAGGAAUGUGCAGAUAUCGAUGAGUGUUUGGAUCUUCCUGAUGCCUGCGUUUCAAACUCUGUGUGCAUCAAUACCAUGGGCUCCUACAGGUGUGGGGGCUGUAAACCUGGCUUCCUCGGUAACCAGACGUCAGGAUGCUUCCCCAGAAAGUCGUGUGCUGCUUUGACCUUUAACCCCUGUGACACUAACGCCCACUGCACCAUGGAGAGGAACGGAGAGGUCGCCUGCAGGUGUAAUGUUGGCUGGGCGGGCAACGGGAACACGUGUGGAGUGGACACAGACAUUGACGGGUAUCCUGACCGCUCGCUGCCCUGCAUGGACAACAACAAACACUGCAAACAGGACAACUGUGUGUUCACGCCAAACUCGGGUCAGGAGGACGCCGAUAAUGAUGGCAUUGGAGAUCAGUGUGACGACGACGCCGACGGAGACGGGAUCAAGAAUGUGGAGGAUAACUGUCGUCUAGUGUCAAACAAAGACCAGCAGAACUCCGAUAGCGACUCUUUCGGGGACGCCUGUGAUAACUGCCCCAACGUCCCCAACAGCGACCAGAAAGACACCGACAGUAACGGGCAGGGAGACGCCUGUGACCAGGACAUCGAUGGAGACGGGAUCCCCAACGUCCUGGAUAACUGUCCGAAGGUACCAAACCCGAUGCAGACCGACAGGGACAGAGACGGUGUGGGAGACGCUUGUGACAGCUGUCCUGAGCUCAGUAACCCCAUGCAGACGGACAUCGACAAUGACCUGGUGGGAGACGUGUGUGACACCAACCAGGACACGGACGGCGACGGUCACCAGGACAGCAGAGAUAACUGUCCAGACAUCCCCAACAGCUCCCAGCUGGACUCUGACAACGACGGCCUGGGAGACGACUGUGACCAUGAUGACGACAACGAUGGCGUCCUGGACGACUACGACAACUGCAGACUCAUCGUCAACCCCUACCAGAAAGACUCAGACAUGAACGGCGUGGGAGACGUCUGUGAGAAUGACUUUGACAACGACGCUGUGAUGGAUCUGAUUGACGUCUGUCCGGAGAGCGCUGAGGUCACUCUGACGGACUUUAGAGCCUAUCAGACGGUGAUCCUGGACCCAGAGGGCGACGCCCAGAUUGACCCCAACUGGGUGGUUCUGAACCAGGGCAUGGAGAUAGUUCAGACCAUGAACAGUGAUCCUGGUCUAGCUGUGGGCUACACGUCAUUUAACGGCGUCGACUUCGAGGGGACGUUUCACGUCAACACGAUAACCGAUGACGACUACGCCGGCUUCAUCUUCGGCUACCAGGACUCGUCCAGCUUCUACGUGGUGAUGUGGAAACAGACGGAGCAGACGUACUGGCAGCACCUUCCCUUUAAAUCUAUGGCUACACCGGCGCUGCAGCUCAAGGCGGUGAAGUCUCGGACCGGACCUGGAGAGUUCCUGAGAAACGCCCUGUGGCACACCGGAGACACUCCUGGAGAGGUGACGCUGCUCUGGAAGGAUCCCCGAAACGUGGGCUGGAAGGACAAAACGUCGUACCGCUGGCAGCUCAGCCACCGGCCCCAGGUGGGCUACAUCAGAGUGAAGCUGUUUGAGGGCUUUGACAUGGUCGCUGACUCUGGCGUGGUGGUCGACACGACGAUGAGAGGAGGUCGACUCGGAGUUUUCUGUUUCUCACAGGAGAACAUCAUCUGGUCUAACCUGCGCUACAGGUGUAACGAUACGGUCCCUGAAGACUUCCAGACUUAUCGUAAACAGGUUCUGAUGCACAUUAAGGUCUGAGAGCUGCAGGCUGCCUGGACACUCACACAGUCAAAGAGACAAACACACACCAUAAUAGUGAACUCAUGUUUAACUGGUGCUGAUUGGAUCAUGUUUACCUGUAAGCUGCUCACAGGUGUCUCUAUAAAGCUGACGCUUAGAUCCACACAUCAGGUCAUUUUCAAAUCUGAACAGAUUUUAUAUUGACAGGAACACAGACGUGAGGACAGUUUCAACUGGUUUUAACAUUUUUCCUAGACUGAUAGUUCUCAACCAGGACCCACCGCCACCUCCUUAUGAGAAAACCCAACAUGUAGAACGUUUUCAGAAAUCCAAUUUCAUAUUUUCACUUAGAAAAUACAGAGGAUCUUAGUGUGUGAGAACAAGCUGCUGCUACAGAGACAAACAGAGAAGUCUCAGAAACACAGUAGUCGACGUGAGUUAAGGAAAAGUAGUCAAGUAUGAAAAGAUGACAAUAAAAACAAAACUUUUCACUGAGAACAGACAGUUCUACAGUCGUUCUACUCAGACAGAUGAACCAACAUGCCUCAUAUGUUUCUGUACGCUGGUGUUUGUUAAAUCUGGUAAUAGCAACCAUUACUGUAGCACUCGUCUUUAGAUCAGCCUCACACUAACACCUGAUCCAAGGCCCUAGAGCCCGGUAUGAUCCAUGACACCAUGCUAAUCUGACCAACGUUCCCCCAGGGUUUUGGUUUAGUGACAUAAAUCCCUUCAUGGCUCUGGGGUUGUCUGAUUCUGUCUCUGUAAGACGGAGUAUGUGGAAUUUUAGGGUUAAACUCCUCUAUAUACAAAGACUCAUCUGUCAACAUCACAGAGCAGCUGAAAGUAGAAGUUAUGCAGGCUGAGAUCAUUUCUGUUCAGAAACAAAGACUGACAGGACAAAUGUUUGUGUGUCUGUACAUAUCUAUGUUUGAAUAAACGCCAUCCAACACCACUCCAGCACCACGACUUUU